UAUAGAGCAGAUAAGAGGACUUUUUACUUUAUGAAAAGAUUUUGAAAAUUUCUCUAGGUUAUAUUGGACACUGCUUUUUUGUCAACCUACAACACACAACGCACAACCGCCAACCAGCUCAGAGAUUUAUAUACAGGAUAGGCAAAUCGAAAAAAGAGUUAAUCAUAAAACACAAUUGCCAGCAGUGAGAGACUCCAGGGUCGCCAGGUCCCAAUUAAAACCCAAUUUCAUAUCGCAUCCGCAUCCAUACAAAAUUUACGCAGUGUGAACAGCAUUCAACGGGCAGUGAUCAAAGCCAUGGCUUCCAAAAGAAAUGUUGAUCCAUCCUCUCUUGAUUCGUUGCAAAGGACGGGUGAAAUUCUGAAUGAUCAACUGGCCCUAUACGAAGGAGGCCACUAUUACGAUUGUACUUUUCAAGUUGCCUAUCAAGAAACAACACCAAAGGUAUUUCACUGCCACAAGGUGAUACUUGCCAGAGCAAGCAUUGUCUUUGCUAAAAUGCUGUAUGGAGACUUCAGUGAGUCGUCAAAAGAUAAGGAUGACCCUAUCAAAAUUACUAAUGUUGAAGCACAUACUUUUGAUCUUGUCAUGAGAUACAUCUAUGGUGGUAAAACUGACUUUGAAGAUGUAGCAACAGCCUGCAAAGUUUACAGAAUAUCUCAUCAUUGGCUAAUAAACAGCUUAAUGAAAGUUGCUUCAGAAUUUCUAAAAUAUCCAAGCUCUGAAGACGCUAUUACAGUGCUUGACAUGUAUAAAGCCUGUAAUGAUCACUCUCACUCUGAAAAACUUCUCUCGAUCAUUGCUUUGAAUGCAAGCAAAGUUCUGAAAUCAGCUGCUUGGUUGAAAACAUCUUUGUCCACAAUCCUGGACAUCCUUCAAUUAGAGUGUCUGGAAGUAGAAUCUGAGACGGAGCUCUUUAAGGCUCUGUUUGCUUGGGGAGCUGCUGAUGGCGUCACAGGUGACAACAUUACUGAUGUAGACGCCAUCAGAGCAAAGACACACGACGCUUUAAAAUGUAUCCGCUUCAUGACAAUGAAAUGUGAAGAAUUUGCAGAACUAUGCACCUUAGACUGUGCUCAGUUAAUGACCGAUAAUGAAAGAUUCAAAGUCCUUUUGAGCAUUAACCUGGCUGACGGAAGCCGUUUGCCUCAAGAUUUCUCAAAAGAUCGUAAAUGUCGAAAUGAAUUCCGUACAAUUGGAAUUGGCUUUGAAGCAAUUGAAUGAUUUCAAAUAAGUCACAACAAUAUAUUUGGUAUCAGUUCUAACUGAUACGCAUGAAACUGAUUCCUUAUUUCAUUGUGUAAUAACUUAGAAAUAAGAAAUAAGUUUUCACAUUUUCAAGCAAAUGCAGUGGUUCCCAUCUAAAAGCAUUUGGAUUGUGAUGCUUCCAACAAAAUGUUGGGAAGAUUAUAUGUGUGGACUUGAUAUUUAUGCAAUUUAUCUGAAUCUUCUUCAAAAAAGAUCCUUGGUCCUUGUUUCUUACUGUUUUAAAAACAUUGAGGUAACUGAGGUAAGUCAGGACGGCUGCAUUUCCACUAGAGAUUCAUAUAAAAAAGAAAACACCUUUUAUACUCUUUAUGUUGAAUAUAUUUCCACGGGGAUUUGAUGUAAUCUAAAUCUUGCAGCCUAAUAUAAAAUGUGUCAUAGAACCAAGUUGGUUUCAUUUUGGUGCUGCCAAAUUCAAAUAACUCUGUGACUGAUGUGCUUGGGUUUGGCUUUUACAAAUUUUAAAUUUAAUGCGUGCUGUACUUUAUAAAUAAUUUUUUAAUACAAAAGUUCUGCAAAUUUUUUUAAACGAUUUUUAUGCUGCUUUUCUUAUCUAUUAUAUCAAUUAAGUCAAAUUAAGUUUUUAGAUUAAUGGACACGAUGAUGGUGGCUAAAAUAUCAAAUUGCUUUCCUUGGAAAAAAUGGCUAUAAUUACUAUUCAAACAGAUUUAAAUAAUUUUUCAAUAAUUGGAUUAAUUCGAAAAUUGUCUGCUUAAAUCUUGACUAUUGCAAAAUAAUACAUUGUUGUUAACUUAAAUUGACAAUUGAUCUGUGUAGAUUAAGCUUUUGAAACACACUGGUAUUAGUUUAUAUAAAAGGACAAACACAAUCACAGUGUGCAAUGACAAACCUAUUGUUUGUGUAUCUCUCUCGCACGUUUUCAGUAAUCCACAUUAAAAUCGGUCUUAAAAUUCCAAUAAACAUUUAAAGUAACAUGAUAUGUUAUUAACAUUUAACCAACAACUAUAAAUUCAUGUGCAAAUGAUUUGCAUUUAUGUUGAUAUUUCAUUAUAAUUUUGUUCAUAACCCAAGUAGAAAUUUGAUACCGCUGAUAUGAAAUUCCAAUCAUAUUCAUAUU